AUUAUUCAACUCUAUUUUUGAACUCUUCUUAAUACAACUUUCUGCUGCCAAAAUUAAUCGAUUCGAUACCAUCAUCCAUGGAACGUCCUACCAAUGAUAGUAGCACGCACAAGGAGAAUGAUGACAAAGAGAUUCCUCAACCUGGGCAAGUUUCUUUGAAUCGGCCUCUGAAGAAGAUUCGGAGUCUUCAAUUUCAAAACAAUCGAAAUCAUUUUCAAUCUUCUUGUUCUAAACUAGUUUACCCUUUCGCGUUAGACGAGCCUGAUGAAACAGGCCUGUUUUCGUGGUUUCACUCAUUGACACCACACGAGAAGAACCAAAACAUGAUUUCUUUCGAGCCUGACCAUCAUCGCCAGGGACUAUUUGGCUUUGAUUUACACAAUCAACCUCUUCAGAAUCGAAAUGGCAAACGUAAUCUGGAUCCAACAGAAGGAUUGUUACCAAGAACAAUGUCAACAGAUAGAACUGCAUCUAUCCCUAAACUCUAUAGGGGAGUGAGACAGCGCCAUUGGGGUAAGUGGGUGGCCGAGAUUCGUCUCCCUCGCAAUAGAACUCGACUCUGGUUAGGGACAUUCGAGAGUGCUGAAGCAGCCGCUUUAGCCUAUGAUCGACAGGCCUUCAGAUUAAGAGGCAGAAAAGCGCGAUUAAAUUUCCCACAACUUUUCUUUGGCCCAAAAUCGGGUGAAUCAUCAGCAGCCUCAAAUUCUAGUCAUACUGCCCAAAAUUAUUUACUCGAAAACUUUCAUCAAAACCAAAAACAGCCCGAUUUUCAGCCUGAUUGCAAGGAAAAUGUUGUCGAAAACAAUUUUGAAAAGGGCUGUCCGUCAGUACCAAAUGAAACUGAAAUUGAAGAUAGUCAAGAAUCGACAAGAGAGUUUGUAUUCGGGGAAAGCUGUAAUUUGGAAUCAUUUGAUGAAUCACAUUGGGUGAAUUCGUCAGAUGUUUGGAUCAAUCCAUUGCAACCCGAUUUUUUUCCAGGCGGUUCAAAUUCAAUUUGGCAAAAUACUACAAACAACGAUUCGCUGUCCUCUGUUCCUGGAUCCAUUGACGAGGUUUUGGAUGAUACGUUUUUCCAGAUACAAGAAGAGAAUUUAAGUUGGAAAGGAGAUAAUUUAUCAUCCAUAACUUUCGACCCUACUGAAGACAAGAUUUUAAUGAAUACACAAGACCGUCUUUAAACUUUGGCAGAAUAAUCUACGUUUUCAGAUUAAGUUAGCCAUAUUUUCUACUUACGAAUUGCUCAUUUAAGUUCUUGAAAUUGCUCUUUGUUCUUGAUAAAAUAGAAUCAUGCACGAGUUGAUGGGGUGAA